AAGCUAACAUUGUUAAUGCUUCUUUCCCAAGGAACCCAAUCUGAACAUUGGUUACAUCUUCUGAAUGUUUCCUGUCUGACUUUACAGAUUCCUGUUGCGUGCAAGUCCUGCCCGUGUGGUUAUGUGUUUAUUAGCAGAAAACUCCUCAAUGCUAAGUUAAAUGAGCGCUCUUCUCCGGCCAUAGCAGACAAGCUGGACUUUAAGCGGAGGAGGACGGAGCGCAUCCGCAGAGAGAGGAUAGACUCUUCUCUGACCAAUGACAUGGAGAACAGGAGGAGACCCCGCACCAACAGCCAGUCAGAUCCCAUCCGGAGGGGGCGUGGCAGACCAAAGACUGUGGGACUGAAGAAACCAGAUGAGGACAAAGGUGAGGAAGUGGUGUUACACACUUUGUUAUUACAGGUUAACUGUGACCAUCCUUAA